AACAUUGAACUUGAACCAACGACUUCCCAUUGUUUUUUCUUCAUCCAAAGUCAACAAAUUUGUUUUUGCUUUCAAAUUCUCAAAUCUGUGUUUCUGGUCGUUCCCACUAUUUGUUUUUCAGUUUUCACAUUUUCUUGUAUUGUCUCAAUUAAGGGGGAAACGAAACAAAAACCUACAACCUUUAUUUUAUUUCUGAAAAGCAAACUUUCUUCUUACCUUGAUUUCCACUUGGCAAAAGAAACAGCUCAGAGGAUAGUUCAGUGAAGCUCUAUUUACUUUCUGGUAUUCAAGGGUGAUCACAGAGACACUAUCAACAAAAAUGGCAGAAUAUGUUGCCUCUAAUGCUGUCGAAAGUGUGAAAAACCAGGCAAAGGAAUACGCAUCACCUUAUCUCCGUUACUUUUUCUGUUAUGGAGAGAUUGUUGAAGAUUUCAAGAAUCAACGAAAGGAACUUAAAUUGAGGAAACAGAGGGUGAAAACUCGUGUCGAUGAGGCUAAAAGGCAAAUUAAGGUCAUCUAUGAAGACGUUGAAGACUGGCUUAGAAGGGCUGAGAAAGAACUGGAAGAAACCCAGAACUUCGAAGAGGAAAUAGAUGGCGUCAAGCGGUUCAAAUGGUGUCCUCAAUGGAGCUGGCGAUAUCGUUUAAUUGGGGUAUUGUGGUUCUCUUCAAGGAAUAGAGUUCAUCACAUCCACGGAUUUCAUGGACUCUGAAUCAUCAAAAUCGGCUUUGAACCAGAUCAUGGAGGCUAUAAAUUCUGUCAACAUGAUCGGACUGCACGGAAUGCCAGGAGUUGGUAAAACUACUUUAGCCAAAGAAGUUGGGAAGCAUGCUCGAGAAAAAAAGCUCUUUGAUAAAGUUGUGAUGUUUACUAUGUCCCAAAAUCCAAACAUCAAGAAAAUUCAAGAGAAAGUUGCUGAUAUUUUUGGUUUACAUUUUGAAACAAGUAGCCAAGAAGGAAAAGCAGAAGAGCUAUUCAGGAGUAUGCAAGGCGUGAAAAAAAUCCUCGUAAUUGUCGAUGACCUCUGGGAAGAAUUCAAAUUGGAGAGCAUCGGAAUUCCAUUCGGUGAUGAACACAAGGGUUGUAAAAUUCUUCUGACUACACGUCAUCAACAAGUCUGCACUAAAAUGAACUGUCAGAAGGAAAUUCAACUUGGCAUCUUAUCCGAAGACGAAGCAUGGGUUUUACUUUGAGAUAAAGCUGGUUUAGAAGACGACUGUUCCACCUUGACUCAUGUAGCCAAAGAGGUUGCUGGUGAAUGUAAGGGAUUGCCUCUUGCAAUUGUUACCGUGGCAAAAGCUCUAAAAGGUGAGAGUUUAGAUGGGUGGAGAGCCGUGAAUCAGAGAUUCAAGGACUCAAGGCAUUUGGAUAAUGAAGAAGUUCUCGGAGGUGCCCUCAAGCCUCUCAAGCUUAGCUACGAUUAUUUGAAAGAAGGCAAUAGCCAAAUGACGGGAAAUGACAUCCAAAUGUGUUACUUACUGUGUUCCCUCCUGAAGAUGCUGAAAUCAUUAGUGACGUAUUGAUUAUGUGCGGAAUUGGAGUAGGAUUGUUCCCUAAUGCUUUCUCGAUUGAAGAUAAAAGGAAUGAAAUUGGCAUGGCACUAAAAAAACUCCAAAAAUCUGGCUUGUUAUUGGAAACUGAUGUUGCAGAAACGAUAAGAAUGCAUGAUGGGGUUCGAGAUUUUGCCCAUUGGCUAACAUCAACCGGAGAAAAUAGGUUCAUGGUAAAAGAUAAGUUGAAAGAAUGGCCUCAUAUGGUUGGAUGUUAUACUGCAAUCGCUUUAUGGAAUUGUAGUAGUAACAUAAAAAAUUUCCCUGAUAAAGUGGAGUUUUCAAAGCUCAAGACUUUGUUUCUGAAGGGGGGAGCGGGGGAUGAUUUACUUGUGGUUCCCAAUACAUUUUUUGAAGAAAUGAAAGCCCUCCGAGUUUUGCUCCUCGAAAAUGUCUUUCCACUGAAAGGAUUCCAUUCCUUGCCAAAUCUUAAAACUUUGUGCUGUAUUAGAUGCAAUCUGGAAAACUUCUCAUCAUCACUGACAAAUAUGAGAAGCCUUGAGAUUCUUGCAUUGUUUGAGACUAAGUUUGAUGAGAUAAGUGAAGAAUUAGUGAAAUUGCCUGCACUGAAAUUAUUAUUUGUUGCAGUUGAAGAGGAAGAAGAAAUCAAUUUCCCCCCCAACCUGCUAUCAAGGUUGACUUCACUGGAAGAGAUACAUGUGAGAAGCAAAAGCAAUAUCAACUUAUUGGAGCUGAAUUCGUUGUCUAUCACUAAGACUUUCUACUAAUCAUUUUUCUCAAGAAUAUUUUGUGCUCCCUAAACUACAAAGGUAUGCUAUAGUUGUAAAUGACUAUAUUAGAUAUCUAGAGUCACUAAGCUUCAGAGCAUUGACAAUUAAAAACUUUUCAUCCUCAUUGAGUGCAUUUAACCAUUUAUUUUGCAAUGUGGAAAAGUUGAAGUUGGGGAAUGUUAGUGGACAGAAGAACAUUGUGCCAAGCAUAGGUAAAAUGGGAGUAAAUGAGUUGACUUCUUUGGAGCUUGAAUCUUGCAAGGAUAUGGAAUUCUUGACUGAUAUAACAAGAGAUCAAGGGCCAACUGUUGCAUUCUCUAAUUUGGUGGAAUGAAAUGUAGCAAACAUGGUUUCUUUGAAAGGGUUGUGCUAUGGUCUUUCUCCGACUAGGUUCUUGCAAAAUCUUAAGCAAGUGAUCAUUAGAGAUUGUAAAGAGUUACAAGUGAUAUUUCAAAUGGAUAAACUUUCAGAAAAAGUGAAAUGUCAGAUGCCAUUGCUCUCAAAUUUAACAAUAUUGGAACUAUAUUCAUUGCCGAAAUUGGAGAGCAUAUGGAAAUUAGAGCCAUCACAUCAUGCAACUGCAAGCCUCGCAAGAUUAAAGGUUGUAAAAAUUGGUGACUGUGAUAAACUAAAAACAAUCUUCUCACCUUGCCUAGCUCUAAGUAUGCUGCAUCUAGAAGAACUCGAUGUAACUUGGUGCCAUGGAUUAGAGCAAGUCAUUGGUUUUGUCCAAGAAGAAGAGAUUAUUGAGAAUGACUCUCCUCUUUGUUGUUGGCCGAAAUUGAGGAUUCUUCGCAUAGAAUUUUGCCCAAAUUUGAAAUAUGUUUGUGCAAACACUUGGACUCAAGGGCUUCAAUCCUUGGAAUCUGUUUACAUUAGAGAUUGUUCUCAACUUAUACAAGUCUUCAACAUGGAACAAAAUAAGCAUGGACAUGAUAUUGUGCUUCCUGAACUUGGAUCACAGAAUCAUUGCUGGACAAAAUUGAAAACUCUCCGGAUAGUGGAUUGCCAACGAUUGAAAUAUGUGUUUGCAAACACUUUAUCUCAGGGAUUUCCAUUGUUGGAAUCUGUUUACCUAGAGAACUGCCCUCAACUACUACAAGUCUUCAGUUCGACAAAAGAAAGGGAUGUGAUUGGUGAUCACAUUCUACUUAAUGUGCCCUUUCUGCAAGAUUUAGUAGUGUCAAAUUGUCCCCAAAUCUCAUGCUUCAUUGUACAAGCUCAGCUCAUAGAGAUAUUUAGAUUGUUCGCAUUUUAUAUAUGGAUUUUGGCAUUAUAGCAAAUCAGUAAAUCGAUAUGUUGCUUAGUUCAUGUGAUAAUUCAUUCCUCUUUUAUA